UACGAGAAAGCUGCAACUCAGCUGGCCAGGGAGAACAACCCACUGGUGUUCGCCAAGGUCGAUUGUACGAGGAACAAGGAGCUCUGCGAUUCCGUUCAAGUCCAGGGCUUCCCCACCGUCAAGCUCUUCUUCCACCAGCGCAUGCAUGAGUACAUGGGACCGCGGAGAGCUGCCGGCAUCGUUUCGUACAUGAAGAAGAUCAUGACUGGCCUGACAGUCAUCGUCGACACCGCCGAGAAUCUGGCCACCUACACCCAAAAGCCUCCAGUCAUGGUCGGGUUCUUCGACUCCAUUGAUAGCCAAGAGAGCCUGGAGUUCGAACGUGCCUCCCUGAUCGAGGACGCAGUGGAGUUUACCUUCGUCCACGUUGUGAAUGCAAGCCUCGUCGAAGGGCUUGGCCAAAAGGUAAACACGGUGGUGAUGUACCGACAGGGCGGCGGACAGGCCACCUACUCUGGCGAGUUCGACGGUAACGAGAUCGCUCGAUUCGCCGCGGGCCACGCUCACCCCUACUUCAUGAAUGCGGCCCGAUCGUGGGACAGGCUCAUCGUCGAGCGUAAGGUCAAGCACAUCGUCCUUGUUGCGGCCGAUGUUGCCAAUGCCGAGGAGUGGCAGCCGCUCCGCCAGGUGUUUACGAAGCUCGCCGAGGAGUACGCCGUCAAGGACACCGGCUUCGUCUUUGUCAACCACGCCAUGCUGACACAAGAGGCGUUGUACAGCAAGCAGCAGUACAGCUUCGCCGUGAAGUUGGGGCACAGCGGCGAGUUCUAUCCGGCCGUCUUGGUCAUGCACCCCGAGGAUGAGCGCGUGUUCGUUGUGCCCGAAGAGACGGAGAUGACCGAGGACUCGAUGCGCGACUACAUCGAGGGCGUAAGGAACGGUUCGAUUAAAGGCAAGCCCAAGUCCGCAGAGGAGCCGGAAAACAACGAUGGGCCUGUCAAGGUCGUGGUGGGAACCACUUUCGAUGAUCUGGUGAUCGACAACGACAACGACGUCCUCGUCAAGUUCUACGCCCCCUGGUGCGGCCACUGCAAGGACCUCAUCCCCAUCUACGAAGAGGUGGCCGCCCGGUUCGCCAACGAGGAGGAGGUCGUAAUCGCCGAGUUUGAUUCCACCGAGAACGAUCAGGCGCGCGUCACCAUCAAGGGCUUCCCCACCAUCUACCUCUUCCCGGCGGACCACAAGGAUGAGCCCAUCAAGUUCGAGGGAGACAGAACCGCCGAGGCCUUUGAUGAUUUUCUGUACCAGCAUGCCACGUGCGUGCUCCGCACCUCCACUCCACUCUUGCAAACUCUGUUUUACUGUAGUAACUUGCUUUCUUAUCGGCGGUCAUUACUUACUCUCUCCCUCUCCACUAGUAACCUGGCCGGCAAGGUUCGGCCCCAACGCGAAGCCCCUCUGGCCCACCCCACUCUUCCGGAUGAACUCUAA